CGCGCGCUUCCCGCCGCGCGCUCCCGCCGCCUCAGCCCUGCGAACUUCCCGCGCUCCCUGCUACCUGCUCGGCCGCCCCCGCUCGGCCGCCCCGCUGCCGUCGGACGCCUUGGGCGUGCCCCUCCGCUGAGGCGCCAUCCGGCCUCCGCAGCCGCGGAUCAACCUCGAGCCCGGGAGCGAGGGCCGCGACAGAUUUUCAGGAACUUGUGUGGGUAAAACAAUUCUGAAUGAGCCUGUGGCAGGAAGAAGUGCCCAGACAAAAGAUUUUUAUGGUAGGAGGUCUCAAAAAAUAUUGAAAUGUCAGAUUCCUCACCGUUUAAGAUGCGGUUAGUUCAUUUGGACCUAAAAGGAGCUCCACCAAAGGUCUCAUACCUCUCAGAGAUUUUUCCUCUGUUCCACGCUCUGGGUGCCAACGCCCUGCUCAUCGAGUAUGAGGACAUGUUCCCCUACGAGGGCCCCCUGAGGCUGCUGAGGGCCAAGCAUGCCUACAGCCCCUCCGAAAUCCAGGAGAUCCUGCAUCUGGCCAGACUGAAUGAGCUCGAGGUCGUCCCCCUGGUGCAGACGUUCGGACACAUGGAGUUUGUGCUGAAGCACGGGGCGUUCGCCCACCUCCGGGAGGUGGCAUCUUUCCCCAACACCCUGAACCCCCAUGAGGCGGAGUCCCUGGCGCUGGUGGGGGCCAUGCUCGGCCAGGUCCUGGAGCUGCACAGAGACGCGCGCUGGCUGCACAUUGGCUGUGACGAGGUCUACUACCUGGGCGAAGGUGAGGCCUCGCAGCGGUGGCUGCAGCAGGAGCAGGGCAGCAAGGCCCAGCUGUGCCUGUCGCACGUGAAGGCGGUGGUCAGCCACCUGCUUGCCCGGCACCCCGCCACACGGCCACUGCUGUGGGAUGACAUGCUGCGCGACAUCCCCGAGGACGGCCUCGCAGGCUCGGGCGUGCCGCCGCUGGUGGAGCCGGUGCUGUGGGACUACGGCGCCGAGCUGGACGUUCCCGGCAAGGCCCUCCUCAUGGAGAAGUACCGGCGGUGCGGCUUUCCCGGGCUCUGGGCCGCCAGCGCCUUCAAGGGGGCCACGGGCGCCAACCAGGCCCUGACCCCCGUCGACCACCACCUCCGGAACCACGAGCAGUGGCUGCAGGCGGCCCGCGCCGCGCCGCCCGGGGCCCUGCGGGGCAUCGUGCUCACCGGCUGGCAGAGGUACGACCACUUCGCGGUGCUCUGUGAGCUGCUCCCGGUGGGCAUCCCAUCCCUGGCUGUCUGUCUGCAGUCGCUCCUGCACGGAGGCUUCUCCCCGGAGGCCAAGGAGAGGGUGCAGCGUGUGCUCGGCCUCCCAAGCCUGGAGGGGCUCAGUGCCAUGAGCGAGGGUGGCGGCACCUUCCCUGGCAGUGACAUCCUCGCCCUCGUCACGCAAGUCAGCCUGCACCUGCGCAGCACAGUGGACAGCCUGCUGGAUGGGAACAGGUACGUGACGGGCUGGUUCGGGCCCUACCACCGCCAGCACAAGCUCAUCCACCCGGUCAUGGUACAGCACAUCCAGCCCGAGGCCCUCAGCCUCCUAGCCAGGUGGGACGCCGUGGCGCGGGAGCUGGAGGCCGGCCUGCAGCGCGUCUUCUACCCUGACGCCGUGGACGAGUGGCUGGAGGAGAACGUGCGCCCGGGCCUGCGGCGGCUGCAGCAGCUGCUGGGCGACCUGGGCGAGGCAGCUGCAGCCGCUGGCAUCCUCCCUGCCGGCCCAGAGCCAGCCCUGGGCCCCUGAGGGGGACGCGGCGUGGGGGUCACUGGGCUGCGGCCGGGACCCCCCACAUCCUGCAGGGCUCCCUCAGUGGCCAGGCCGGCCCCACGAGGCAGACGGCACGCAAGAAAAGGACUUCAGGACCCGCGUUAUGCUCUGCACGUAGAAAUUUUAUUCUUUGGAAAUAAAAAGUUGAGAGUAGGCUACUA